AUUCACUCCAGGGCUCCACUGUCAUGGCGGUGACGAACUGAAGCUACCGGGGCAGAUCAGGAAGCAAACGCAGCGCAGCUGGCUCAACGUUGUCAUUUAACCGAGUCUGCGGAGCUUUCCGGGGAGUUGCGAGCGGACCUCCGUGCUUUACCUGCUUCCAUCGGAGCUGGUGAUGGGACUUAUCCCCUCCUUUGUUGUGAGUUUUCGGUUGUGAGUGUCAACAGAGUGGACUCCGUGACAGCAGCAACUUCCACAGCAGAGGGGGAGAAAUUAAAGUGACUGUAUCCAGAGGAGAUACCAGGUGAAGCGGGAGGACAGCGCCUGCUUGAGCCGUUUCUCUGCUUGCGGUGUGCACUUCUUCACGGGUUUUAACCGCAUCAAUUAAUCCGUGUGGUAUCAAGUUACGGAGCGAGGAGGGCAGAGGAGUAGUUCACUGUGGAGGAGCGGUGACAUUACCAACCGCCAACAGAUUCCCUGCGAUCCAUUCGCCCACUCUACAUCGUCCGUUAAAACUGUUUUAAAUGAAAAGAAAGGGGCUCUGAUUAUGCGUCUUUAGACUGUUCACAACUCAUCUGAAGGAGAGAAAGAAGAACCCUAAUUUUCAUCUUCGACGUCGGCUGCACUCUCGCCAUUAGAGGGGAACAGGUGCCUUACCUGUGAACGCCACCUGUCCCGUCCUUCCUUAGCAAUGGCUAGCGCAGAGGCGGCAGCGGGCGCAGCGCGGCCAGGUGAUGGAAAGGACGGGCCACCGGGAGCCAUGCAGCUCAACCCCGCAGUGCCCAUUAGGGGAAUCAGGAUGAAAUUCGCCGUGCUGGCUGGCCUGGUGGAAGUUGGGGAAGUUUCUAACCGAGACAUCGUGGAGACCGUGUUCAACCUGCUGGUUGGCGGUCAGUUUGACCUUGAGAUGAACUUCAUCAUUCAGGAGCCGGAGAGCAUUGUGUGCAUGGUAGAGCUGUUGGACAAGUGUGAACCAACCUGUCAGGCUGAGAUUUGGAGCAUCUUCACCGCCAUCCUCAAGAAAAGUGUCCGAAACCUGCAGGCGUGCACUGAAGUGGGACUAAUCCAGCAGGUGCUGCACAGAAUAUCGACAACUGACAGCAUGAUUGCAGACCUGCUCGUGGACAUGUUGGGUGUGCUCGCCAGCUACAGCAUCACAGUGAAGGAGCUAAAGCUGUUCUUCAGCAAGCUGCAAGGGGAAAAGGGCCAAUGGCCGCGUCAUGCAGUGAAGCUUUUGUCAGUGCUGAAGUACAUGGCGCACAGGAACGGUCCAGACUCGUUCUUCAGCUUUCCAGGGAAAAAUGCAGCUGCUAUAGCUCUACCCCCCAUUGCAAGAUGGCCGUACCAGAAUGGAUUUACAUUCCACACAUGGAUCCGAAUGGAUCCUCUAAACAACAUCAAUGUCGACAAAGACAAGCCUUAUCUAUACUGCUUCCGCACCAGUAAAGGCAUGGGCUACUCUGCACACUUUGUGGGCAGCUGUUUGAUAGUGACCUCAUUAAAGUCGAAGGGCAAAGGGUUCCAGCACUGUGUGAAGUACGACUUUAAACCCCAAAAGUGGUAUAUGGUGACUCUCGUUCACGUCUACAAUCGAUGGAAAAACAGUGAAAUCAGCUGCUUUGUGAAUGGAGAAUUGGCCUCAUUUGGAGAUAUUGCCUGGUUCGUCAACACCAGCGACACAUUUGACAAGUGCUUCCUUGGAUCGUCUGAGACGGCGGACGUGAACCGUGUCUUCUGUGGGCAGAUGGGGGCAGUUUAUCUGUUUGGAGAGGCUCUCAGCGCUGCUCAGAUCCUGGCGAUCUAUCAGCUGGGUCCUGGCUACCAGGGCACAUUCAAGUACAAGGCCGAGAGUGACUUGCUGUUUGCGGAGCAUCACAAGACCUUGCUGUACGACGGCAAGCUGUCCUCUUCCAUUUCCUUCACCUACAAUCCCUGCGCCACAGAUGCCCAGCUCUGCCUUGAGUCCUCCCCGAAGGACAAUGCCUCAAUUUUUGUCCACUCUCCCCAUGCUCUCAUGCUACAGGACGUGAAGGCUGUGGUGACUCACUCGGUCCAGAGCGGCAUCCACUCGAUCGGUGGCAUGCAGGUCCUCUUCCCUCUCUUCGCACAGCUGGAUUAUUGUCGUCCCUCCAGCCAAGAGCCCGACACCUCUGUCUGCUGCACCUUGCUGUCCUUCAUGAUGGAGCUCUUGAAAAACUCUGUGGCUAUGCAGGAGCAGGUCUUGGCCUGCAAAGGCUUUCUCGUCAUCGGCUACACUUUGGAGAAGUCUUCCAAGAUGCAUGUGACGCGGCCGGUCCUGGACAUUGUUCUGGCCUUCUCCAGAUACCUGAGCAACCUGCAGAAUGGCAUCUAUUUACUUAAGCAGCUUUGUGAUCACAUUAUGUUCAACCCUGCCAUCUGGAUCCAUGCCCCUGCCAAGGUACAGCUGAUGCUCUACACCUACUUGGCGACAGAGUUCAUCAGCACGGUGACCAUUUAUAACGCUGUUCGCAGGGUGGGCACCGUGCUUCAGAUCAUGCAUACACUAAAGUACUACUACUGGGUUGUCAAUCCUCACAACUGCAGUGGAGUCAUACCCAAAGGCGUUGAUGGUCCAAGGCCAAAUCAGAAGGAGAUACUCUCUUUGCGGGCCUUUUUGCUGUUGUUUAUCAAGCAGCUCAUUAUGAAGGAUCAUGGUGUGAAGGAAGACGAACUGCAGAGUAUCCUCAAUUACCUCCUGACCAUGCAUGAGGAUGAAAAUCUCAUAGAUGUGCUACAGCUGUUGGUUGCUCUGAUGUCUGAACAUCCAGGCACUAUGGUCCAAGCCUUUGACCAGCGAAAUGGGAUUCGUGUUUUGUAUAAGCUCCUGGCUUCAAAAAAUGAAGGAAUUAGGGUCCAGGCUCUGAAGGUCAUGGGCUACUUUCUGAAGAGCUUGCCACCAAAGAGGAAGUCUGAAGUCAUGCUAACUCACGGCCUUUUCUCGCUGCUCACUGAACGUCUGAUGCUCCACUCCAACCCGUUCACCAUGACAACCUACAACUCCCUCUUUGAGAUUCUUACCGAGCAGAUCUGCACUCAAGUAAUCCAUAAGCAGCACCCAGACCCAGACUCCAACGUGAAAAUUGUCAACCCACAAAUCCUGAAGGUAAUCGCUGCUCUCCUGAAGAACUCUCCCCAGUCGCCUGAGACCAUGGAGGUUCGCAGGAUCUUUCUAUCAGACAUGAUCAAACUGUUCAAUAACAACCGAGAGAACCGCAGGAGCCUGCUGCAGUGCUCGGUGUGGCAGGAGUGGAUGCUCUCCCUGUGCUUCGUCAACCCGCAAAACAACGAGGAGCAGAAAAUUACCGAGAUGGUGUACGCAAUCUUCCGCAUCCUGCUCUACCACGCCAUCAAAUACGAGUGGGGUGGUUGGCGCGUCUGGGUGGACACCCUGUCCAUCACCCACUCCAAGGUGACCUUUGAGCAGCACAAACAAAGUUUGUCCCGCAUGUUUCGCCAGUACCAGAAACAGGGCUCUACAAGCUCUCGGAACACCAUUCGCACCAUCUCUGGGGUGAGCCAAAGCUCUGAAGAUAUGAAAUCUGUUAACGGACCACCUGCUGAAGAGACGGCGCCCUCAACGGUCAUUGAGCUCGCAGUAGACGAAGAGUCCCAAAAAUCUGUUGACACGGCAUCCAGCUCCAUUAUCACAUCGACACCAAUGGAGGCUGUAGAAGACGGUGACCAUCCGUUCAUCACAGUGUCUAACAUCCUGGCCAGCACUGAGGAAGAGCAGAAGGUCGAGAGGUCUUCUGGAAAUCAAUCAAAUGUUGACAAAGAAACUGGGGCUACGGUGAUGCACAAAGCUGAAGAACAGGAAGAGGUGACUGAACCAGCAUCCGAGAAAAGCAAUGAUGAUCCAGAAAGAGUAGAGAGCGCCCAUAGUGAAGCUGCUGGUGCAAAAACUGAGGAAGCGGUUGAAGACUCUGUUCCCCAAACAGAUGAUGAUGCAGAGACACUGGAAACCAACAAGGAAAAAUGUGAUAUAUCAAAGUCCUCAGCAGAAGAGUCUACUGUGGUUUCUGAAAAACAAGAUGAGACCAAGCAAAUGUCCCCUGAGCCUUCAGGUUCUCUGGAGAACAGCGUGCUGGGCGGAGCCUCUGUUUUCAACGAGGACUUGGUUGACGUGUCAUCUAUUAGUGACCAGAUUAACCCGAGUGACACUGAUGAUAGCCAAGAAGAGUCCUCUUACGCUUCAGCUGCUACAGGAGAGGCAGGAGAGCUAGAUAAAAAAGAGGAGGAUAAGCAUGAAGGUGAUGGAAGCAAAAUGAAAGAUCUCCAACAACAGGAGACACAAAUGGAAGAAGACAAAGAGGAAAUGAAGAAGGUUAGAAAAGAAGAAAAGGGAGAAAGUGAACUUGUAGAGAACCAGGUGCCAUGCUUGGAAAGUCAGACUCCUCAAACAGAAACAGGGGACCAAAGUGUCAAAGAACCUACCAAAGAAAAUGUUAGUGAUCCACAGUCUUCCUCUAAAACAGAAGGUACUGCUACAGACCAGCAGGCUCCAGAUGUGGUACCACUUCCUUCAGUCCAGGAGGCUCCUGCAGCUCCAGAGCCACCCUCACAAAGCCAGACUUCAGAACCCAGUGAGGCCACUGCAGAGGAGAUCUUGCCUGGCGCCUCUGAGAGCAGCACCGCUGGCUCCAGCUCCAACACCAGCAGCAAGAGUUCAGAUGCUGUCACCAGAACCAAAGAGAUCAAAAUUGCCCGACUGGAUGUGGCAAAUGUGGCCAUGGACACAGAGAAACUUGAACUGAAGGAGACCUCUUCAACAGAAUCAAGCCAAGGCCAAACAGCAACACCAGCAGCAGGUGAAGCAGGAAGUCCAUCAGACCGGCCAGAAGACGGCAGCACCUCGACUCCUCGCUCCACCAUGUUCCGUAUCCCAGAGUUCCGCUGGUCCCACAUGCACCAGCGCCUCCUCACCGACUUACUCUUCUCCAUUGAGACAGAUGUUCAGGCAUGGAGGAGUCACUCCACAAAAACCAUUCUGGACUUUGUGAACAGCAGCGAGAACGUUGUUUUUGUCCACAACAGUAUUCAUCUAAUCUCCCAGGUGGUGGACAAUCUCAUUAUGGCUUGUGGAGGCAUUUUACCUCUGCUGUCUGCUGCCACAUCUGCCUCCCAUGAACUAGAGAACAUAGAGCCAUCCCAAGGCCUGGCAGUGGAGGCUUCGGUCACCUUCUUACAGCGCCUCAUUAACCUCGCAGAUGUUCUCAUCUUUGCCAGCUCCCUGAACUUCACAGAGAUUGAAGCUGAGAAAAACAUGUCGUCAGGGGGUAUCCUGCGUCAGUGCCUCCGCCUUGUUUGUGCUAUAGCAGUGAGAAACUGUCUGGAGUGUCAGCAAGCCCAGUUUAAAGGGGCAGAAGGUUCAACAAGAAGCUACACCGUCAUGCCCAGCACUGCAGUUGGAACGGCCAAGUCUGCAUCUGCACAGAGUCCCAUCGAUGCAGUGAUGGGGGGCAUGUCUACCGUGAGAGAUCUGGACCGGCUCCUCCAAGACAUGGACAUUAACCGCCUCAGGGCUGUUGUAUUCAGAGAUAUCGAGGACGGUAAGCAGGCUCAGUUUCUGGCACUUGCUGUGGUCUACUUCAUCUCAGUCCUCAUGGUGUCAAAGUAUCGUGACAUCUUGGAGCCCCACAAUGACAGGAAGCGUCCUCUCCGUUCCCAGUCUUCCAGGAGUACAGACAGCGGUGCCGUUUCAGCCGGAACAGAAGUGGAAAACAGCUUCGAUCUGAGACGCUACGAUUCAGGCAUUGGCGAUGACCACACCUCAGCUGCAGCGAGUGAGGCCGAUCUGUCGUCUUCUGGGGUCACGCAUGGUCCAGACGCCAUCUCAGAAGCCCUGUCCACUCUGUCCUCUGAGGUCAGAGGAGCACCUUCUGGUGACUCAAAGUCCAAGAAUGUGAAGGACAUCCUCCGCAGCUUGGUGAGCGCGCCGUCCGAAGACAUCAUGGUAGACCCGAAUCUGCUGCCCCUGUCGUUUCUGGGACCUGUGAGUGACCUGGACAGACGAUCAUCUCUACAGUUUCGCUCAUUUGAUAGAAGUGUCAUCGUUGCACCAAAGAAAGCGGGCACGUUGCCGUCUCAAGUGCCUUCUGCCUCUGCCCAGACCUCCACUGCUGCUUCGGUCUCUGGUGGGACACCAGUCGACGGUGUCGCUGUGGUAUCUUCAGGCGACGCCUCCCAGAAUCCCUCUGAGGACUCUGCAGCUGCAGGCGGCCAGGUUCCAGCCAGCUCUAGCCUGCCAUCUGUCCCCCCACUCUCCCCUGUGACCCAGAACACAGCCCCCAAUAUGAGUAUCUCAGAGCGUCUGGAGCACGCGCUGGAAAAAGCGGCUCCUUUGCUGAGAGAGAUCUUUGUCGACUUCGCCCCGUUUCUCUCUCGGACACUGCUGGGCAGCCACGGACAGGAGCUGCUUAUCGAGGGCACCAGUCUGGUGUGCAUGAAGUCCAGCAGCUCGGUGGUGGAGCUUGUCAUGCUUCUUUGUUCUCAGGAAUGGCAGAACUCCAUCCAGAAGAAUGCAGGACUGGCUUUCAUCGAGUUGGUGAACGAAGGCAGACUCCUCAGCCACACAAUGAAGGACCACCUGGUUCGUGUCGCGAAUGAGGCCGAGUUUAUCCUGAGCAGACAGCGGGCUGAAGAUAUUCAUAAGCAUGCAGAAUUUGAGUCUACCUGUGCUCAGUAUGCGGCAGAGAAGCGAGAUGAGGAGAAAAUGUGCGACCACUUGAUCAGAGCUGCCAAAUUUCGUGACCACAUGACAUCCACCCAGCUCAUCCAGAAGAUAAUCAACAUUCUGACUGACAAACACGGAGCCUGGGGAAAUUCGUCCUUCAGCCGUCCGAGGGAGUUCUGGCGCCUGGACUACUGGGAGGACGAUUUAAGGAGGCGACGUCGCUUCAUCAGGAACCCCUUUGGAUCCAGUCACUCAGAAGCUACGCUCAAAGUGGCGGCCGAGCACGCAGUGGCUGAUACAAGUGCGCCUGAAGAGGACAUUCUCAAGCAGUCCAUCAGAAGUCAGGCUCUGGGGAAUCAAAACUCUGAGAGCGAGACGUCUCUGGACGGAGACGAUGACACCCUGUCGUCCUUAGAGGACAAAGAUCUGGAGAACCUAACAGGCCCAGUAAACCUGAGCACCAGCGCUCAGCUCAUCGCUCCGGCUGCGGUGGUGAAAGGCACCAUGUCGGUCACCACCUCCGAGCUCUUUUUCGAGGUGGAUGAAGACGAUCCGAGCUUUAAGGCCAUCGAUCCAAAGAUUUUGUCCUACACAGAAGGUCUUCAUGGAAAAUGGCUGUUCACCGAGAUCCGUGCAGUCUUUUCCAGACGCUACUUGCUGCAGAACACGGCUCUGGAAGUGUUCAUGGCAAACAGAACCGCCAUCAUGUUUAACUUCCCAGAUGCAGCCACAGUAAAGAAGGUGGUCCACAGCCUUCCUCGUGUUGGAGUGGGCACGAACUUUGGCCUUCCUCAGACCAGACGCAUUUCUCUUGCCACACCCAAGCAGCUCUUCAAGACAUCCAACAUGACGCAGCGAUGGCAACGGCGCGAGAUUUCCAACUUCGAGUACCUGAUGUUUCUCAACACCAUCUCUGGUCGCACCUAUAAUGACCUGAGCCAGUACCCAGUCUUCCCCUGGAUCAUCACCAACUAUGAGUCAGCAGAACUGGAUCUCACUCUGCCCAGCAACUACAGAGAUCUGUCCAAGCCAAUUGGAGCGCUGAACCCCAAGAGGGCAGCAUUCUUUUCAGACCGAUAUGAAUCCUGGGAGGAUGAUCAGGUGCCGAAGUUCCACUAUGGCACCCACUACUCCACCUCCAGCUUCACCGUGAUGUGGCUGCUACGCAUCGAACCCUUCACCACGUUCUUCCUUAACUUUCAAGGAGGGAAGUUUGACCAUGCUGACCGCACCUUCUCCUCACUGUCCAGGGCCUGGAGAAACUCCCAGAGAGACACAUCUGAUGUUAAGGAGCUGAUCCCAGAGUUCUUCUAUCUGCCUGAGAUGUUUGUCAACGCCAACAACUACAACCUGGGAGUGAUGGAGGACGGCGUUGUUGUCUCUGAUGUGGAUCUUCCACCUUGGGCCAAAAGCCCGGAGGACUUUGUUCGGACUAAUCGGCAGGCGCUGGAGAGUGAGUUCGUGUCGUGCCAGCUUCACCAGUGGAUCGACUUGAUUUUCGGCUACAAGCAGCAGGGACCUGAAGCUGCUAGGGCCCUCAAUGUUUUCUACUAUCUAACGUAUGAAGGUGCGGUCAACCUGAGCUCCAUCAACGACCCCAUGCUCCGAGAGGCCGUGGAGUCUCAGAUCAGAAGUUUUGGACAGACUCCUUGUCAGUUGCUCAUUGAGCCACACCCACCUCGAAGUUCAGCCAUGCAAGUGUAUCUUCUCCUGCAGACCCCACUGAUGUUUACAGAGCAGAUGCAGCAGGAUGUUAUCAUGGUACUGAAGUUCCCGUCCAAUUCUCCCGUGACGCACGUCGCGGCCAACACUCAGCCAGGUCUCACGUCGCCUGCCAUCAUCACCGUCACCGCCAACCGCCUCUUUUCUGUGAACAAAUGGCACGGUUUGACAGGUCAUCAGAACACCGGGGAGCAGCAGUACCAACUUCCUGUGGAAAUUGACCCUUUGAUAGCCAGUACCGUGGGCUCUCAUCGUCGUCAGAUCUCAGACCUUCUGGAUCAGAGCAUCCAGAUCAGCUCGCAGUGUUUUGUCAUUACUGCCGACAACCGCUUCAUCCUGCUGUGUGGCUUCUGGGACAAGAGCUUCCGGGUCUACUCCACUGACACAGGGAAACUGACUCAGAUAGUGUUCGGACACCGGGACGUGGUGACAUGUCUCGCUCGCUCUGAGUCAUACAUCGGAGGGGAUUGCUACGUCCUGACGGGCUCCAGAGAUGCCACCCUGCUGCUGUGGUACUGGAACGGAAAGAACAGCAGCAUCGGGGAAAGCCCGGGCACAGAGUUUACCACACCUAGGGCCAUCCUGACUGGCCAUGACUGCGAGGUGACCUGUGUCAGCGUGUGUGCCGAGUUGGGUCUCGUCAUCAGUGGCUGCAAAGAGGGUCCUUGUCUGAUCCAUUCAAUGAAUGGAGAUCUGCUUCGGACCCUCGAGGCUACUGAGAACUGCCUGCGGCCCCGACUCAUCCAGUCCUCUACUGAGGGCCACUGCAUGAUUUAUUACGACAAGGGACAGUUUUGUCUGUUCAGCGUUAAUGGUAAACUGCUCAGACACAUGCAAGUGGAAGACAGCAUCAAGGCCAUGCUUCUGAGUCGAGAUGGUCAGUAUUUGCUGACAGGUGGAGAUGGAGGAGUUGUGUCUGUCUGGCAGGUCUCUGACCUCAAACAGCUCUUCGCCUAUCCUGGCUGUGACGCAGGGAUCCGCUCCAUGGCGAUGUCACAUGAUCAACGGUGCAUCAUCACCGGCAUGGCGUCUGGAAGCAUCGUCCUCUUCUACAACGACUUCAACAGGUGGCAUCAUGAGUAUCAGACCAGAUAUUGAGGUUAAAACUGCAGCAGCUCCAGCUGAGGAAGCAGUAAUGAUGUCCUGGUGUGAACUCUUAUUAAAGGCACUGUUCUGUCUACAGCCUCAUGCUCUGAAUGUAUCUUAGUGAAAUGAGAAAAAGAAUCGGUUUUGCGUGAGUAAAAGCAACACACUAUUUUUAAAAAGGGCAUUGCUAUAUUUUGUAGAUCAGAUAGAAAACGUUUCUUAUAAGUCUUAAGGUGGGGGGGUUCUGUAACUGUUUGGGUCAAAAUAAUCUAUUUUUAGCUGUAAGAGUCUAUUUUCAUCUCCUCCAGGAAAGGAAAGUGGGACAUGUGAGGAGUUAGGCUUUAAAUUCCAAAUAUUUAUGUAUUUUGGGUCGAGUGAUUCAUGUUGGUGUGUGUUUGGGAAUAAUUAUGGAGCUAUACUUCACUUAAACAUGCUUUUUCUUAUUUUGGAAAACACAGCAAGUAGAUAUGAAAUGUUCAAAUAAAAAAAUUUUUAAAAUGUACUUGAAGAAAGAUGAUUUAAGAGGAAAAACCCAUUUAUAUUGAUAUCUAUAUACAAGCCCUCCUUAUUUAAGACGUCUACGCCCUCCGUACCUCUGUGCUUGCUUUGAGAUUAUGUUUAUGUGCAGGACUGAUGUUCAGCAUUUUUCAAUUUAAUAUGCCCAAGAUCCAAACCCUCCGUGCAUCAGCGACUAAACACGUCUGUUUUAGUUUAAAGAAUAAUUUCUUUCACAUUUCUUCUCUAAACGACUGAAUAAGUAGUGAAAUUGUUUUUCUAAAACUUUAAAUGUCUCAGCCAGUCUGAAAGUCCUCUCUGAGUUUGGUCUCUAAAGCAACAAAGGUCAGCAUGAGAUGUGCAAUGAAAGGAAGGACUUUUCCAUUUGUUUUUUUUUUAAUCAUCUUCAUUAAUAUACAGAAUGACUAUUUCAAAGGGUUGUCCAGCACCAAAUUCUGUUCAGAUAAAUCUUCUCUUGAACAGUUACCCACCUACAGUAUAUCUGAUUAAGGAAACAUUCUGUGCUUCUGUGUUUGUCUUUCUGAUUAUGUGGGAAUGAUGUAUAACUUUUUUUUUUUUUUUUUUUUUUUGCAAAUAUUUGGAGUGUUUUUGUUGAGUUCUGACAUUAAAAAUGAGUUUUAUUACUUGAA